AUGACACCUUCGAGCGUAGCGCAGCGGACGCUGCUCCCGCUGAAUACAACUCUGCUACCUUUUUUGUACCAGACGAGGACCAUACUGGGCCGCGGUCCGCGCCGGUCGUUCGCUCGAACAGAUACCCAGAUCAGGUGCCUCAAUGCCGCCAGCGAAAUUGCCAGUCGGCGGAAUCCUUCCCAUGGCGAUGAACGCGCCGACACCGGAUACGCGAGCGAUGUUCCCUUUGAAUCGGAGCAAGAAGAGUCUUUCCACCAGCAGCGCAACGCGACAAUUACGGAGAGAGAGCGACGAACCUUUGAAAACCUCUUCAAAAAAUACAAUGCGACGAAACCCGUCUACGGAGAAGGGAAAGGCGACGUCAAUGACGAUUUGACCGAUGAUACUUUGGAAUCCAUCCUCGAUCAAGCUAUAGCUGGUAUGGAGCCAGGCGACACUGGCCCCGUAUCCUCGUCUGGCAUGACUCCUCUGGCACGGCGAGAGCUCAUGAAAAAAAGGGCCAUCCACCAUGAAGAGGAAGACACGCUGCUCAGGAAGGCGCAGAGGAGGGAGCAAUUUGAACGCAUCGAACAACUGAUGAAAGCGGCGAAGAGUGAUGUUGAACUGUGGAAUGUUUUGGAAACGGAGGUCCUCUCUGUCAUCCGGCGCCUGGACUUGGAUGCCCCGCGACCUCCUCGCGGCCAGAGCGAGGAGACGGAGCGAGAUGAACAAACGGAGUCCCAGGGAAAAGCGGACCCUUCGUCCGAGUUGGAGAUCAUCGGACCCAACUACCCGUCUCUCAUGCUCGUCGCAAUGCGGCAACUCCGCGUGGACUUUCCAGGAUCUACCCUGGGGCUCGCUCUACUUCCCGCGAUCAAAAACCUGGGCAGAGGGUCUUACGCCCUGGGUGCGAGUACAGAGCUCUACAAUGAAUUGCUCGCCAUGACAUGGCUUACGUAUUCCGACUUUCAAGGUCUCGAUGACUUACUGCAAGAAAUGGAGAAUGGGGGAAUCGACUUCGAUGCAAAUACGCUCGAUCUCCUGGAUUCCAUCAAAAGGAACGCCUUGGAUGCGCGGUCGCGGCGUCUUGGAGAUGGCGCAAGCGCGAUAUUAGAGAUGGACCGCUUUAAGCGCGGCAUCAAGAGGUUGCAACGGUGGAGAGAUGCAAUCAGACUGCGGAUGGAGGCCGAGGCGAUACGUCAGGCCAAGGAGCGCGAGUUGCAGUUGUAG